ACCUUAACUCGAUCCCUCGGCCGGCAUCCUGAUUCGAGAGGUAGCAGAUUCUCUAGAUCUACAGCCCUAACGAUACCAGCCUGGGAGAUUCGCAGACACAAAGACGAGGCUUUUCUGAGAUAGAUCUGCCUUCGUCCAUGGGAGCUGGUGCUCAACAUCAAGCGGGGCAGCCGCUGCUCAUCGUGCUGGAGGAGACGCCGGUGGUCGGCGUUCCGGCCGCAUUAGAAGAGGAGAGGGCAGUGGCGCCAACGAUCACUAUGGAGAUUGAGGAACUGGCGGCAGCAGAACAGGUUGUGACACCGUGGGAGGUAUCAGCUCCGGAUGGGGUCGACUACGACAAGCUGGUCGACCGGUUCGGCUGCCAGCGCAUCGACGCAGCAAUCGUCGACCGCAUCGCGCACCUCACGCGCCGCCCACCGCAUCGUUUCCUCAGGCGCGGGAUCUUCUUCGCCCACCGGGAUUUGAACAUGAUACUUGACCUCUACGAGGCAGGGGAGAAGUUCUACCUGUACACAGGGAGGGGACCCUCAUCAGAGUCCCUGCACCUUGGCCACCUCAUUCCCUUCAUGUUCACAAAGUAUUUGCAGGAUGCCUUCAAGGUGCCCCUAGUGAUACAGCUAACUGACGAUGAAAAGUUUUUGUGGAAGAACAUGACUAUUUCUGAAUGUAAAAGGCUUGCCCGUGAAAAUGCCAAAGACAUUAUAGCCUGUGGAUUUGAUGUUGAAAGAACUUUCAUUUUUACAAAUCUCAGUUAUCUUGGAGGGCCAUUUUAUGAAAAUGUGCUUCAAGUUGCCAAACAUGUGACAUUUAACGGCCUUAGAGGGACAUUUGGAGUUAAUCAGGAGGAUCACAUUGGUAAGGUCAGCUUUCCUCCUGUGCAGGCUGCUCCAUCGUUCUCUUCUUCGUUUCCCCAUCUGUUUCCUGGCGAUGACCAACUGCGGUGCCUUAUCCCAUGUGCAAUAGACCAGGAUCCUUAUUUUAGGAUGACUCGUGAUGUUGCUCCUAAAAUUCAUCUUCUGAAACCUUCCCUGAUUGAAUCAAGAUUUUUUCCUGCACUUCAGGGAGAGAGCACUAAAAUGUCGGCCAGUGACCCAAAGUCCGCAAUAUACGUGACAGAUAGUUCUAAACAAAUAAAGGCAAAGGUGAAUAAAUAUGCUUUCUCGGGUAGCCAGGCCUCUGUGGAGCUUCACAGGAAACUUGGUGCUAACCUUGAUGUGGAUGUCCCAAUCAAAUACCUAUACUUCUUUCUAGAAGAUGAUGACGAGCUUGACCACAUAAAGAAGGAAUAUAAGGAAGGAAGGAUGCUAACUGGCGAAGUAAAGCAGCGCCUCAUUGUGGUUCUAUCGGAGCUGGUUGCUAGACAUCAGAGAGCUAGAGCUCAAGUGACUGAGGAGAUGGUUGAUGCAUUCAUGGCGGUAAGGCCUCUUCCUAACAUGUUUGGCUGAACAACAAAACAGGGUUGGACAUAUUUAUCGCUGAACAAAACAGGAGCGCCUGCGUGAGGACACGGCCCAAUAGUACUGCAAAAUGAAUUAGCAAUGUUGAAAUCGGAGCCGUCAUUUGUAUUUGCAUUCAGGAAUGUUUGGAUUUAUGUAUUGCAAAAUGAAUUAGUAUUGCGGAAAAGUAUCGCAUAUCCGAUAGGUUUCCGCCUA